AACUGGAGGCUCAUUUCUCUACAGUCAACAUCAAAUUUACAUCAUUUAAUUUUAAAAAUAUAGAAACAUUUUAGCUUUUAAAUCGUUUUCAAUCUGGAAUAUUAUUCGUUUUUCUUGUUCAUUUUAACCAGUUUUGUGAAAACUAGAUUUAUUUUACUUUGAAAAUUUGUUGCUAUUUUUGAAACAGUUCUUAGCUAUGGGCGACGAGGUGCUCACUUCCAUAGGUCGUCGUGAUAGUACUUCGCCUACUGGUCUCGGAGAGUUCAACUGGUCAAAGUCUUUGGAUGAGUCGAGUCCUGACGGAGUUUUGGAUCCAACUCUCGACGUUUUAGACGUUGGACGAGAUCAAGGAGAUGACGAAGCUGUUGAUGAUCCAGAGCUGGAGGCAAUCAAAGCCAGAGUAAAGGAAAUGGAAGAAGAAGCUGAAAAAUUGAAGGACAUGCAGAAAGAGAUUGAAGGCUCGUUAAAUUUAAGUAUGAGUCCCACGAGUACAGCCUUGCCCUCGCUUGAAGAGAAACAAGAAGUUGAUGCAAGAUCAGUUUAUGUCGGAAAUGUGGAUUAUUCAGCUACGGCAGAAGAGCUGGAGCAACAUUUUCAUGGCUGUGGUUCUGUUAACAGAGUGACAAUUCUAUGCGAUAAAUAUACUGGCCAUCCAAAAGGAUUUGCCUAUGUUGAAUUUGCUGAUAAGGAAAGUGUGAGCAACUCUGUUGCUUUAUCUGAUUCCUUGUUUAAAGGUCGACAGAUUAAGGUUAUGCCAAAGAGGACCAACCAACCUGGAGUGAGCACAACAGACCGAGGUUUCCCAAGGGGUAGAGGAGGACGUGGUAGAUCAAGAGGUUUUCAUUCCCCUGGUUAUUUUCCUGGUUAUCGACCUCGCAUCAGAGGCAGAGGAAUGUAUAGACCUAGACGAGCAAGAUGGUAUCCUUAUUAAUGCAAAAGUGGAGUUUUUCAUAUGGAUGGUUGAGUUAUUUAAUUACACAUGAUUUGUUAUUUUCACCAUAUUCAUCCUUAUGUUUUUUUUUGUGUUUAUUUAAUACCAAAUGUUUUUUAUUUUUAGCAAAUUAUGACAGUAUAACAGUCAUCAGGUGAUUCUCCACAGUUCUUCAUUUUAUAAUUUAAUUUCUUUUCAGUUUUCUGACAGCAGAAAGGUUUUUAUCCUAUCUUCGCUUUUUGAUAAAUUUGAAAGGGUGCACUGCUGAUGAAAAAAAAUAAU